AUGAAACGUCGACAAAAGAGGAAACAUCUGGAAGAUGAAGAGUCCCAGGAAACUGCUGAGAAGGGAGGAGGAAUCUCGAAGUCACAAGAGGAUGCCCCUCAGCUUGGAUCCACUGGGGUGGCCAAAGACUCAGGCCUAAGGGUAGGGGAGGCCUCCUCUGCCUCCGAAUACUUCUCCUGUUUUUCUUCUCCACGCAAGCUCAUCCGUGGUGGAAUCCGGGGAUUACAUCGAGACAGUCCCCAGCCUACAACACCCCUAGCCCAGGUUCAGGAACAAGGGGAGACUGCUCCCCCCUCACCACAUGUCUCCUUCUCGUCCCCUUCAUCCUAUAAGACCUGUGUGUCCUCUCUGUGUAUAAACAAAGAGGAAAGGGGCAUGAAAAUAUACUACAUGCAGGUACAAAUGAAAAAGGGUGUGGCUGUCUCCUGGGAGACAGAGGAAACCUCAGAGUCACUAGAAAAGCAGCCGAGGAUGGAAGAAAUGACCCUUCCUGAGGACGUGCGGGUAGGUACUCCCCCCUCUGAUAUUUCCACCAGAAACCUCCUGUCUGACAGCGAGCCCAGCGGGGAGGAGAAAGAGCAUGAGGAAAGGACAGAGUCAAACAGCCCGCCAGGGUCACCCGCAGUGGAGGAGAGACCCAGGGCCAAGACACCUGACUGGCUGGUGACCAUGGACAUGGGCUUCAGGUGCAUGGCCUGCUGCCGGGUCUUCUCCACCUUGGAGAGCCUCCAGGAGCACGUGCAGUUUGGGAUCAGGGAGGGCUUCAGCUGCCACGUCUUUCAUCUCACCAUGGCUCAGCUGACAGGCACAGUGGAAUCAGAGAGCACCCAGGAGAAGAAGGAGGAGAAGAAGGAGAAAGAGAAAGAGGAGGAAGAAGAAAAGGAAAAUGAAGAGGAGCAGCCCACAGGGGAAGACCCUGGCAUGAGGAGACCCUGGAGCCAACGUCCAGGCUAUGUGUUUCAUUCUCCAAAGGACAGGAAGUGA